GCCGCAUUGUUGUGGGGGGAAGAGAGGCGAACUAGCUUGCUAGCACAGUGCCCAUACGGCCAGCCCAAAAACGAAUGAAAAGAAGAGCGUUAGUAUGGUCGAGCUGCUGUUAUCGUGAGCCUGUAACUCCGGCUUUUAAAUGCGUAUUUUUGGACCUGACAGACCGUUACGGAUACCGCAUAAUAUCCUUGGAAUACAACGGACAAGCGGCAGGAGGACGGUAGCGGGGCUCGUGUACGGAUUAAACCUACUGCUGUUCAGUAGGCCACACCGCUGCUGCGUUUAGCUCGGCCUGUACUCCUUUAAAGCUUCUUUUAACGUCGAGGGCAGAGUUCGUCUGCGGCAUUCAAAAUGAGGAAGAAAGUUCGACAGAACCGUGUCGCAACCCCACAGAGGCCUUCCUCGCCCAUCAAACCCUCACGCAACCGAGAGACCUUGACGUAUGCUGAGGCUCAGCGUAUGGUGGAGCUGGAGAUUGACGGGCGCGUGCACAGGCUCAGCAUUUAUGACAAACUGGAUGUCAUCGACAGCGAUGACCCUUUAGCUCAGGAGAUCAGCGAGUGCACCAGCAACAAGGAGAACACUGAGAAGCCGCAACAGGUCCUUGUUCGCUCAGUGAGGCUCAAAAACAACCAGCAGAAGAAGAGUGCCGCAUUGACGACUGUGCAGGGUUCGCCAGCUCAGGGCAGGCUUCCAGAGCCAAAGAUCCGAAUGGUUGAGUACAACCUUCCAGCAGUGCCGCGGAGGCCGUCAGUGUACUACACCUACAUGGAGAAGACACUUGACGAGCUCGAUGAGGAAGUAGAAUAUGACAUGGAUGAGGAAGAUUACGCCUGGCUGGAGAUGAUAAAUGAGAAGAGGAAGAGCGAUGGUCACAGCCAGGUCUCUCAGAACGUCUUUGAGUUUCUCAUGGAUCGCUUCGAGAAGGAGUCUUUCUUUGAUAGCCAGGCACAAGGAGAACCGCAGUCUCUUAUUGACGAGGAUGCCGUGUGCUGCAUCUGCAUGGAUGGCGAGUGCCAGAACAGUAAUGCUAUUCUGUUCUGUGACAUGUGCAACAUUGCGGUGCAUCAGGAGUGUUACGGAGUACCACACAUCCCAGAAGGACGCUGGCUUUGCCGCCAUUGCUUAAAUUCUCCUUCACAGUCAGCCGAGUGCAUUUUCUGUCCAAAUAAAGGUGGUGCGCUUAAGAGAACGGAUGAUGACCGAUGGGGUCAUGUGGUCUGUGCCAUCUGGGUCCCGGAAGUUGGUUUUACCAAUACGAUUUUCAUUGAACCAAUUGACGGUGUGGCGAACAUUCCUCCAGCACGCUGGAAGCUCACCUGUUACCUGUGUAAGAAGAAAGGAGUGGGCGCCUGCAUUCAGUGCAGCAAGGCCAACUGUUACACGGCUUUCCACGUGAGCUGUGCUCAGAAAGCAGGGCUUUACAUGAAAAUGGAGCCUAUCAAAGAGGUCACUGAAUCAGGAGGCACUACAUUCUCUGUGAAAAAAACGGCUUACUGCUGUCCUCAUACCCCAAACGGUUGUGUGAGGAGGCCACUCACUAUAUAUGAUGACUCCAAAUCUAAGAACGGUGUAUGUCAGAAGGCAGCUCACAGAGAGAGGGUGAAGGGAUGCCAGAAGAAGAAGAACAAAAAGCCUGAAUCUGAGCCCGAUACAGUGGUUCCAACGGUUUCCGGGCCUAGUAUUACUCCUAAAAGUUUCAACACAAUCCUCAAUCAAGUGUCUGUCCAGAAGAAGAGGAUGUUUGUGGAGCGGGUUCUCAGUUACUGGAUGCUGAAGAGGCAGUCGAGGAAUGGUGUCCCACUAAUAAGGCGCCUGCAGACUGCAAUACAGACGCAAAAAGAUCCAGAAGAUGAACCGUACGUUGAUGACCACCAAACGCUGACGGACCAGUUGAAGGACUUGCACCGUUUACGGCACGACCUGGAACGCGCUCGCUUGCUAUUGGAGCUCAUCCGCAAAAGAGAGAAGCUAAAGAGAGAGGAGAUGAAGUUGCAGCAGUCGGUUUUGGAGAUGCAGCUCACUCCGUUUCCUAUUAUUCUGCGGGUAGCACUGGAUCAACUGCAGGAGAAAGACCAGGCCAAAAUCUUUGCCCAGCCUGUCAGCGUCACAGAGGUUCCUGAUUAUCUAGACCACAUUAAGGACCCCAUGGACUUUUCUACAAUGAGAAAACGCAUUGACGGCCUUGAAUAUCGGAGCCUGGAUGAGUUUGAGGAUGAUUUUAACCUCAUUAUCAACAACUGUUUAAAGUACAAUGCCAAGGACACAUAUUUUUAUCGUGCCGGUGUACGAAUGCGAGAUCACGGUGGAGUGAUCCUCAGGAGGACUCGACGGGACACUGAACGGAUAGGUUUUGAAUUCCCAAGUGGAAUGCACCUUUCUGAGCCUCCUAAAUUAGAGCUGCCUCCAUCGUUUACGUGGCAUGAUGUUGACCGAGUGUUAAACCCAACUAAUCGUGCGCACAUGUCGAAGGAGGAACAGUUGAAAAGGCUGUUGGAGAUGCUGGAUUUAACAUUUGCCAUGAAGCCAUGCCCUUCCAGAAGCAAACGGCUCAAACUUCUCAAAAAGACCAUCGGUGAUGUGCGAAUGGAUAUGGGUCAUAAAACAGAGCCCCCUUCAUUGGAGCAGAAUAAUACAAAGGAAGAGGAAAAGGCGCCUCUUAUUUUACCACAAGAGGAAGAAGGUGACAAGUCAUUACCUCCAAAACUUGAGCCUUCUGAUUCUGUGCCACUCCUGAAAAACUCAGACAGCCCCUGUGAACCUCCUACACUGAAGCCCAUGGAGCCCAGCCCCGAAAAGUGCCCGAAAAAGGUCAAAUUUGACGGGGAGACAUUUUCUACCUCACUUUUAAAUGGUCUCUCCCCUGAUGUUCUGCCCUCAGAAAAUAAUGUUAUGGUCGCUACCUCCACGCUUACCGAACCAGCAAAUAUAGUGAACCGGCGAACAGCUGUGCUCUUCCGGAAGUCAAAGAACACAAGUCCACAGAAGCUGUUGAACCCAAGCGAACCCUCAAUUGACUGCCCUCAACUGGGUACAAAGACGUUCCUGUCGGUGGUCAUUCCUCGCCUAGAAACCCUGCUCCAGCACAGGAAGAGGACGCACAGUGCAAGCGGAGACAGUCCAGAUGAAGAGGAUGAGUGUCCAAUCAAACGCUUGGAUACUGGCUUGUCUAAUGGCUUUUCGGAGCCAAAGAAAGGAAUAAUUGUGACUCGACCAUCAGAGCCUCGUCGCCGCUGUGCUUCAGAGUCCAGUAUUUCUUCUAGCGGAAGCGGGAGCAUUCAGGAAAACCCAAGUGAUGUCAGUCACACAAAGAGCGGGAAAGGGAAGCUGUCGAUGGCUAGGCGGAAUACAACGGAUGAUAAAAAAGAACUGCUCAAUUGCAUGGAACCAGGGAACAUUUCCAAAGCCAACAAGCUGGCAGCAGAGAUUGACAGCAGCAAUAUUUGGAUGCCUGCUAACACUACACCACUAAAUCUGGAGCCCCUUAAACUAGUUUGGGCCAAACUUAGUGGAUAUCCUUCCUAUCCUGCCUUGAUCAUAGAUCCUCAGUUGCCUCGAGCGGGAUGCCAUCUCAACGAAGAGUACAUUCCCACCCCUCCACGGGACGUGCUCCGGGUCGGAGAGCUGAUGCAGUUCAGGUCCAAGGAGAAACUCUUCCUCGUCCGCUUCUUCGACAGCAAACGCAACUGGCAAUGGCUUCCUAAAUCCAAGAUGGUACCGUUUGGAAUGGACAAGACCUUAGACAAACGGAAAAUGUUGGAAGGGAGAACAUCAGGCAUCCGGAAAGCUGUGCAAAGCGCCUUCAACCGUGCCAUGAACCACUUGAGCCUUGUCCAGGACUUAAGCGCUGGAGAUUAAGCCGUGUUGAAGGGUUUCAUCGAAAAAACAAACAAACAAUUGACAAACCAACGUUUACCCGACGCUAUGCUCCUGUUUCAGACUAGCGAAUGAGCUUCUCAACGGAUGAAUUUCUCCUAUAAUGUGCUGCAAGACUGCUGUGAACUCACACACUGCCAUCUACUUUCCUUUUCACUUCCAUCACCAUCCAAGUUACACCUCGUCUUUAACUCUGGCUGUAAAUAACAUCAUUCUAAAUUAUCCAACACUAAUUUAUUAUUAUUUUUUUUGUUUGUACCGCACAUGACCUCUUGGAAGAUUUCGACUUUCCAAGGUAAUUUCUCAACCGCACUGAGGUGCGAAUCCAUCUGGUGCUACAUCACGUGCAAAGCCUUGAUUUUUUUUAUUUUAUUUUUUUUGUUCUCCAUAUUAGAGACUUUUUGGAAGAGGCUGUCGCACUUUCUGUAUUAACUUUUUUUUUUUUUUUUUUUUUUAACGGUUAAGUUAUUGUAAUGUCAAUGCAAGCUUCUCCUCCUUGGCAUUAACAUGUUAUCUACUUUUUAUAUAAAAAUAUUCUUAUGGGACACAAAUAAGUGAUGUUUGUAAAUAUUUAUAUAAAACUAAGAAAUUAUAUACAUGUAAUACUUAAGAGUGGUAAACAAACAAACAAACAAAACGACAAAAAGAAAAACAUUCGGAGAAGAGAAAACAACAGUAGCGAUGAAAGCCAGAAGUGCGUCACUCAUGCAAAACCAAAAAAAAAAAAAAAAAAUUGCUGCCCAGUUUUUUUUUUUCUUCAUUUUGGAAUGUUUAUCCCUUUUGCAUAUGGGUUUGUGUGAAUGUUUCAGGCGUAUAGUAUGGAAAAAAAGAAAAUCCCCCAAGUUGUUGCUUUUUCUGCUCUCGGGAACUGUAUUGUAGGUCUGAAUAAAGAUGUGCCUGUACAAAUGUGUUGUAUUAGGACAAAGAGAAGUAUGCAAAACUUUAUAUUCAGAGUAGGCAUAUUUUGGUGGAAAGCUGUGUUUGCCUAUUUUUUAUUUUAUUUUGUUUUCGUUUUUUUGCUUUGUGUGUGGGUGUUUUCAUCAUAGCCAUCUGUUGUGACUGUUUAACUGUGUCUCUCUCCAGUAUGGAUUCUGGGUAGCAUUCUGGGUUAAAAACACUUUUUUUUUUUUUUUUGUAUGAAUGUCUUGUAUUGACCGGUACUCUUGUUUCUUUUCUCUGGGAGGAUCACAUUAUAGCCAAUGAUAGUGAGUGCUGGCGAGAUCCAGUAUUUUUUAAGUACACUGAAAAUAAACUGAAAAACAAUAC